AUGGCCAUGAGUUCGUAUAUGGUGAACUCUAAGUAUGUGGAUCCCAAAUUUCCUCCUUGCGAGGAAUAUUUGCAGAACAGCUACCUAGGCGAGCAGGGGGCCGAGUACUACAGUGCCUCGCAGGGCUCUGAUUUCCAGCACCAGGGACUCUACCCACGGUCAAACUACGGCGAGCAGCCCUUUAGCUGUAGCAAUGCCCAAGGCUCUGCCGUGCAGCCGCGGGGUCACGGACAGGAGCAAUCCGGCCCAGCGAGCCACUUCCCCGGCCAAGCAGAGCAUUGUCCACCGCCUCCAAUGCCCAACUCGCGAGCCUGCAGCCAGCAGCCGGCCCUCAAACCCCCAAACGCCUCAGCAGUUAAGCAGCCAGCAGUAGUUUAUCCCUGGAUGAAGAAAGUCCAUGUUAACUCGGUGAAUCCCAAUUACAACGGAGGGGAACCUAAACGCUCCCGCACAGCUUACACCAGACAGCAAGUCCUAGAACUGGAAAAAGAAUUCCAUUUUAACAGGUACCUGACCAGGCGCCGCCGUAUCGAGAUAGCCCACACUUUGUGUCUCUCUGAGCGCCAGAUCAAGAUCUGGUUUCAGAACAGAAGAAUGAAGUGGAAAAAAGAUCACAAACUGCCCAACACGAAGGGCAGGUCUUCUUCCUCUGGUUCAAACCCCCAUUUACAGACUGGUUCCAAGGACCACCAGACUGACUUGACAACUUUGUAG